UGUUUGAAAGGUCCAUAGAAAAGCACAGGCAGAGCAGAGAAAACUAAGAAACUGAAAAGUGUUUUUGUCUGAGGAAAAAAAGGGGGUGAUCAAAACAUAUAUUAAACCAUGGGAAGGCCCCCUUGCUGUGACAAAGUUGGCAUCAAGAAAGGUCCAUGGACCCCUGAAGAAGACAUCAUCCUUGUUUCUUACAUCCAAGAACAUGGUCCUGGAAAUUGGAGAUCAGUUCCCACCAACACUGGGUUGUUGAGAUGCAGCAAGAGUUGCAGGCUCAGAUGGACAAACUACCUGAGGCCAGGAAUCAAGAGAGGAAACUUCACACCUCACGAAGAAGGAAUGAUAAUUCAUUUGCAAGCUUUAUUGGGUAACAAAUGGGCAGCCAUAGCUUCCUACCUCCCACAAAGAACAGAUAAUGAUAUAAAGAAUUAUUGGAACACACAUCUGAAGAAGAAGCUCAAGAAAUUCCAAUCAGUUUUCGAUCCUCACAACAAUAAUAUCCCAUCUGACUCAACCACUGGCCAGUUGGUAUCAAACAGGAGUUCUGGUACUACUUUCAGUGAUAGAAGAAGCUUAGCUGAUUAUGUCACCAGCCAUGGCUCUUCUGAUAAUCAUCUCAGCCUACAGAAUUCCUCCUCUUCUUCUCCUCCAUCUACAUAUGCCUCCAGCACUGAAAACAUCUCGCGCCUCUUAGAAGGUUGGAUGAGAUCUUCUCCAAAACCUAAUAAAAGUAUUAGUACUACUAGCAUUAGUGACCACAAUAUCACAAUAAAAGUGUUUGAGAAUGAUGGCAACGGCACUCUUCCAAGCGGCGGUGGCAGCGGGAUGAAAGUUGAGGAGGCAGCAGAGGGGGGCGAUCUCGUCUCUCACGACGAGUUUGAGUCGAUCAUGUCGUUCGAUCCGAACACGAACAAUGUUGUUUCGUCGUGCGACAGGUCAACUUGCGAAUCUACUUCUUAUAAGGUUUCUGCUGUGGAUAAUGAAGACAUGAUCAAGGUUCAUGUUGUGAUGGAGAAGAAUAGUAUUAAGCAAAGAUCUGAGAGCGGCGCUAGUAAUCCUCCAUUGUCGUUUCUUGAGAAAUGGCUCUUGGAUGAGAGUACUAUUGGUGCUACGGCUGGUCAAGUAGAGGAGAUGAUGGAAUUGUCUCCAAUGUUUUAA